AUGGCCCCCUCUGCGUGUAAGAGCACGCUGCUCCUGCUAACCCUGGGUCUUGCCGGCCUCGGCGCCGCCUCACCGGACAGCCAGGUGAUCUUCUCUCACCAUGCCGCCCACGCGCAGCACCAGGUCGACCCGGCCAUCCUCGCCGCGCUCAAGGCACACAAGGACCCCGUCGACGCCUACAUUGCGCUCCAUCCCGAGGCGGCCGAGAAGCUCGCCGAGAAGCGCCUCCUGCGUGUCGCUGGCGAAAAAGAGGCGCAAUGGAUGACCGAGGGCGACAAGAUGAGACUCCGCCGCCAGGGCCGCACGUUUGCCGACAUCACCGACUACGACGAGUUUUACAAGCAAAACGCUGUAUCUUCUCAGUCCGGGAAAGCGCACCUCCCCAAGCUUUCGCAGCAGAGACUGGUGAAGCCUCUGUUUCCCCAGGUUUCCAAAGACCACAUGGAGCAUGUCCUGAAGCACCUGACGAGCUUCUACACUCGUUAUUUCGGAAGUGUCACAGGCGAACAGAGUGCGCUCUGGCUUCGUAACCAUAUUGCUGAUAUCAUCAAGGAGGCUCCCUUCCAUACACACAUCUCGCUUGAUGUAUUCCCCCAUGCAUUCCCGCAGCCCUCCAUUAUUGCUCGUUUCGAGCCCAAGGUCGCCAACUUUUCUGCGCCGCUCACUAUCCUUGGCGCCCACCAGGAUUCCAUGAACUACCUCUUUCCGCUGCUUCCCGCGCCCGGCGCCGAUGACGACUGCUCAGGAACGGCCAGCAUCCUCGAGGCUUUUCGCGUCCUCGCGCACAACGGCUACAUCCCUCGCAACGGGCCAGUCGAGUUUCACUGGUAUGCUGCGGAAGAGGGUGGUCUUCUUGGUAGCCAGGCUAUUGCCAAGUACAAGAAGCAAUCCGGCGUGACCAUUGGCGCCAUGCUGGAAUUUGACAUGACGGCUUUCAUUGCCAAGAAUGCGACCGAGUCCAUCGGCAUUAUUGAGACUUCUGCUGAUAAGCCUCUGACCAAGUGGGUUCUCGACUUAGCGAAAGAGUACAGCAAGAUCGAGUCUGCCAUUUACCAGUUGCAGGAGGGUGCCGGUUCGGACUACAUGUCCUUUACCAACGCUGGCUUCCCUGCCGCUUUCGCCUCCGAGGGUGACCCCAUUAGCGGAGAGUUUGAUCCAUACGUUCAUGGAGUCCGCGACACCAUGGAUGUCGACGACGAGACUGGCAAAUUCUCUCUUGAUCAUAUGGCGCGCUUCUCGGAGCUUGCGCUCGCCUUUGUUGUCGAACAAGCAGGGUGGAAUAAUGACUGGAGGUAA